GCCCAAAACCCAAACCAAACCACGCGCGAGCCGGGUGGAACGGGCCCGCCCGGCACAGCGACUGGCCGCGGACCGUGGCAGGCAGCAGUGCCGCACGUGACCGGUGCCGGCUUCGCAGGGCAUGGAGACGGAGCCGAAGGCGACAGCUGCCGCGGCCGAGGUGAGCUCGAGCCGCAGCCGCGCAAGGGAAGGAGGCAUCCAGGCUCGGCCCUCGGUAGUCCUCGCCCGGCCACAAGCGGACAAGCUCACACACGCUCCUCGACUACGCCGCCGCUGCGAAUGCCGGCUCUGGAACCCCGCCUGAUGCUUCUGCUCCUCCUUGCGGCCGCCUGCGGCUGCGGCCUCGCCGGUGCGGGGGGAGGCGGGGGCGGGGGCGGGGGCGGCGGUUCGUGCGAGUUCUCCGUCGCGCACGGCGGAGAGCUCUUCAGCUUCACCCUCGCGGCGCCGACGCCGGCGCACCGCCACGGCGUCCUCAGCGAGGACGGGUUUUACAAGGUGGCUGUGAAUGAUUCGGUACUCUGGUUCCAGCUGUGCGAUGAAAUGAUAUUCAACUUUGACCCACCUGUGUGUUUUAAUUGUGAGGACUGUGGCGGUCCAUUGAGGUGUGGCACCCAGUGCACUGCGCUUGUGUCAAAUAAUAUUGGAGGAUAUGAUGUUUGCACAACCAUUGGAAGUUUAUCCAAAUCUCAUAUAUCUCUAAUUGAUGAGAGCAAUCCUCAAAAGGGUGUUGUUGUCCAGAUGUUCUCAUCAAAGUGUUCUAUUUCUGUUUCCGUCCUUUGUGAUUUAACUGUAGCCCAAGUACCAGACAAAUUCAUCCUAUCUGGAACUUGUGAUUAUGCUACAACACUUAGACACCCUUCUGGUUGUGCAAGAUCUGUUUCUGCUUCUGGAAGUGGCUGGGGAUGGUUUGGCACUUUGUUCAUAACAGUUAUGUGCCUUCUUGGAGGGUACAUUUUGAUUGGUGCAAUGUACAGAUAUUAUUUCCUCGGCAUUCAUUCUGUAGAGGCCAUUCCAAACCUGGAAUUUUGGAUUGGUUUGCCACAACAAAUUAAGUACAGCCAGCACCAAUGAUACGAUGCUAAAUUUCUCUCAAGACGAGUGCAAUGAGCAGUCAUUGAUACUUGUAAACUAGUUCCAUUGCUAGCAAAUACCUACCGUAUCUUCAAUAUUGCAAAGUAUUUAGUGAGCUGGCAGUUGCAAUGUUGUAGAUGCUUUUGUCGGAUGAGCCUACAGGAGGCGGCACAAGGCAAUUCCGGCACAGCAGGAGGGACUGGGCCAAGCUUCUUCGGCGGAAGGCUAGAGAUAGAGUUUGUUAGUUUAAGUUAGUCCGAUUAGAUUCAUUAGUUGGAGAUAAGAUUUGUUAGUUUAGUUAGAUUCAUUAGUUGGAGAUAAGAUUUGUUAGUUGAAUUAGGGAUAAGGUGUUAGUCAAUCUGUAACACCAGCUCUAUUUAAAGGGCGACUGGGAAUCGGUAUCAACAAGUAAUGAAAUAAGUUUAGUUCCAUCUAAUAACUGCUCAGAGCCUUUGAUGAAGAGGGCGAGUACACCUCAUCUCCCAGCCAUAUCAUCUUUGGUAUCAGAGAUGGGCGAUUCUACGACCAUGGCUGACAUCACACCCAAGCUCGUCCGGAUUCUGCUCGCCGUCGACCGCUACAAUAAUGAGAUGUCCCACAUCCAGACCCAAUUAUCCUCCCUCAUCGUGGUUGUCAAGCAGCUCGCGUGCGAGGCCGGCACCUCUGGCAUGGGCGAUGCCGGAGGCUCUGACCAGGACAACGAUGACCGCAAGCCUCUUGGCGGCAAUGGCGUCCAAAUUGCUAGGUCGGCAACGCACGUAUACAAGCUCCGGGCAUCACCAACGACAACGGCGCCAUCCACACCAGCGUCUUCCAUGCUUGUCAUCGGAACGUUUGGCUAGGGCUUGCUUGGUCCAUCCCUGUCCGUGGCUAGGCCACCGGGAUGACUUUGGUGUUCGCCUCGCCGCUGACUGACGUCAUGCCUUAAACGGUGUGGAACACAUCGGCUUCCUACCAAGCGAGCAUGUCAUCGUCGUGUGUGCUCCACUGUUGCCUUAUCAAGUGGUGCAAGGAGUUCAUGUGCAACUCAGCUUGGGUCACUCAACCUCCUGAUGACAACUGCAGCCAACGCCACCAUCAUCUUGCCCAAGACACUCCAAUGCUUGCUUACCCGGCUUGCGUCCAUUCGGAGUCAACAAGGUCUUCGACCAUGGCCACUGCCUAGCAGCUUGAGGACAAGCUGCAUGUUGGGAGGGAUGCAAUGUUAUGGGCUGGGCAUCGGGAAUGCCUCCGUCACGCCUAAGGCUCCAUGAAGCCUCAUUACGAUGAGGACCAUCGUGACAUUCAGUUUGCAGUAGGCGAUUGGGUAUUGUUGUGCUUGCAACACCGGACGACUGCGGCAAUUAUAGACAAGGCUGCUGGAAAGUUAGCUCCUCGAUAUUACGGGCCCUUUCAGAUUAAAGAUCGCAUUUGUUCGGUGGCGUAUCAUUUACAACUCCUAGCUCGUGCUCGAAUUCAUGACGUGUUUCACGUGGUGUUCUUGAAGAGGUAUCAUGGCCACCGCCUGCCUAACAACUUGAGGACGAGCUGCAUGUCAGGAGGGAUGCAAUGUUAUGGGCUAGGCAUCGGGAAUGCCUCUGUCACGCCCAGGACUCCAUGAAGCUGCAUUACGAUGAGGACCAUCAUGACAUUCAGUUUGCAAUAGGUGAUUGGGUAUGGCUACACUUGCAACACCGAACGACUGCGACAAUUAUAGACAAGGCUGCUGGGAAGUUAGCUCCUCAAAAUUACGGGCCCUUUCAGAUUAAAGAUUGUAUUUGUCCAAUGGUGUAUCGUUUACAACUCCCAGCUCAUGCUCAAAUUCAUGACGUGUUUCAUGUGGUGUUCUUGAAGAGGUAUCAUGGUGACCCUCGGACAGAUAUUGUUUGUUUGCCGCACAUCAAACAUGGAUGAAUUCUUCCGGAGCCGGGAAAUAUUGUGUGGUCCCAUCUCAAUCACGGUGUGUGGGAACUUUUGGUGCAAUGGGUUGGGCGCAGUGCUGCAGAUGCCACAUGGGAGACUCUAGAAAGCUUUGCUUAGCAAUAUCCGGAGUACCAGCUCGAGGACGAGCUGUUUUUCCAGGAGGGCGGAAGUGUUGUAGACGCUUUUAUCAGAUGAACCUACAGGAGGCGGCACAAGGCAACUCCGGUGCAGCAGGAGGGAUCAGGCCAAGCUUCUUUGGCGGAAGGCUAGAGAUAGAGUUUGUUAGUUUAAGUUAGUCUGGUUAGAUUCAUCAGUUGGAGAUAAGAUUUGUUAGUUCGGUUAGAUUUAUUAGUUAGAGAUAAGAUUUGUUAGUUGAAUUAGGGCAAGGUGUUAGUCAAUCUGUAACGCCAGCUCUAUUUAAAAGGGCGGCUGAGAAUCGGUAUCAACAAUGAAUAAACAAGAAAGUUCCUCCAUGCAAUCAGCUGCUUAGAGCCUCUGCGAGAGGGCGAGUGCGCUGGUGCCAUUUAUCCUACCGAUCUACUAAUCCAUAUCAUGCAAUAAGAAACAUGUUAUUUUUCUUUUGAAAAGGAAAAGGUAUUUUGUCAAUUUACAGAUGUGCUUGCUGAAAAACUCUAGAGUUGCUUUACUUUGGUAACAUAUUUUAAGUGUCAUCAAAUGUAACCUUAUGACUUGUUUAU